UCGUGUGGGAAAGUAAAAACCCCACAGCGUCCUGCUCGAAGACUUAUCACUUUUUCCCCCAGCAGCUGGCCACCGCCUCCUGCGGUACAGGAGACCUGUAAAGCAUCUCCAGAAAGAACCAUGAAGAGACUCUCAGCAUCCAUACGUUAACACAACGCGAUCCAAACCACCAGCUAUGAAUCAUGUGGCUGAGGUUUCUCUCCCAUUUGAUUGUGAGCGUCCUCGUUUCCGGGCUCCGGUCCUCCAUCAGCACAACAUCGCUUGUGGAGAAUGAGCCUAGUGAGGAUGCUGUAUCAGUGCGGGUGGAGCAAGAUGCUAUUGCACCAGCACACACACAGAACAGGAGUGGUCAGGAGGUCGAACACACAAUCACAUACCCUUCUCGCCUCAUCUACUACCUGAACGAAGACUCAGAGAGCACCUACCAUAACCUCAACACCUGGGCCAAGACCCCUGGCCAACAGGGCCAGGUGGUUCAUUUGGCCCAAGCCACCUUUCAGCUUGAAGCCUUCGGGUACAGAUUCAUAUUGGACCUCACAUUAAAUAAUGACCUACUGUCCUCCGAUUAUGUGGAGAUUCACUACGAGGACAACAAAACCAUCCAGUCAAAGGGUGGUGAACACUGUUAUUACCGUGGUCAGGUGAGAGGGGUUGAGGCCUCUCGUGUUGCUAUGUCAACCUGUAAUGGUUUGCAUGGCAUGUUUGAUGAUGGAGUUCAUGUGUAUCUGAUUGAACCUUUGAAACAGACUCACUCUAUUGAUGGAGCUGCUAGACCCCAUAUAUUGCGCAGGACACCUAGUUUGCUGCAAUCUCAUGAGCCAGAGGAUGGAGGAAACAAGGAGGAGCUGUUGUUUUCUGAGCUGAAUCAUAUGUCUUGGCUCCGGCGCAGGAAAAAGCGAGCUAUGCCAAGGAAUGUGUUUGAAGAGAUGAAGUACAUAGAGCUCAUGAUUGUCAGUGACCACAACAUGUUUAAGAGGCAGAAAACCAAGCAGCAGACUCGGAACUUUGCAAAGUCUGUGGUCAACCUAGUGGAUGCCAUCUUUAAAGAACACUUAAACACACGUGUAGUCCUGGUUGCAAUGGAGAUCUGGACAGAUAAGGACCAUAUUCCAAUCAGUGUGAUGCCACUGGAUAUGCUGCGAGACUUUUCUAAAUAUCGUCAGCAGCACAUCAAGCAGCACGCGGACGCAGUUCACCUGUUCUCCAAUGUGACCUUUCACUACCGCCAGAGCAGCGCUGCAUUCUUUGGAGGGAUGUGUUCAAUGAGCCGUGGUGUUGGAGUGAAUGAGUACGGGUCUACAUGGACAAUGGCUGUCUCGUUAUCCCAGAGUCUGGCCCAGAACCUUGGCAUUCGGUGGGAUCCAGCAGCUAGAAAGAGCAAGGAAUGUGGAUGUGUGGACUCUUGGGUGGGCUGCAUCAUGGAAGACACAGGAGUGCAGCACCCUAGAAAGUUCUCUAAAUGCAGCAUAUCAGACUAUAAAGAGUUUCUUCUGAAGGGUGGAGGAUCCUGCCUCUUCAACAGACCCACUAAGCUGUUUGAGCCGACGGAGUGUGGCAAUGGCUACAUGGAAGUGGGAGAGGAGUGUGACUGUGGAGUGAGAGCCGAAUGCUAUAAGGAAUGCUGCAAGAAAUGUUCUUUGUCUAAUGGAGCGCACUGCAGUGAUGGACCCUGCUGCAACAACACCUGUUUGUUUUACCCCCGAGGCUACAGCUGCCGUUAUGCAGUGAAUGACUGUGAUAUUUCAGAGACAUGCUCAGGAGACUCUGGACAGUGCCCUCCGAACCUCCACAAACAGGAUGGCUACUUCUGCCAUCUCAACCAGGGACGCUGCUAUAGUGGGGAAUGUAAAACCAGAGAAAGCCAGUGUAAAUAUGUAUGGGGGCCAAAGUCUGGGAGCUCAGAGAAGUUCUGCUAUGAAAAGCUGAACACUGAGGGAUCUCACAAAGGGAACUGUGGUGAAAAUGGAGAGAAAUAUAUUCAGUGCAGCAAGCAUGAUGUGUUUUGUGGGCUUCUGCUGUGCACUAACGUUGGACAAAUGCCACGUAUAGGAUUAAUAAAGGGAGAGAUCACACCCACAACCUUCAACCACCAAGGUCAGCUAAUUGAGUGCAGUGGUGGUCAUGUGUUAUUGGAUGAUGACACUGAUCUGGGUUAUGUGGAGGAUGGGACUCCAUGUGGGCCAUCCAUGAUGUGCCUUGACCGUAAGUGUCUGCCCAUUCAAUCCCUCAACAUGAGUGCCUGCCCUACAGGACCCAGUGGACAUAUCUGCUCAAACCACGGGGUUUGCAAUAAUGAAGCGACAUGUACAUGUGAUGUAACAUGGGCAGGGACUGACUGCAGCAUGCCUGAUCCACCCAAAGAGCCCCCUCCCAGCGAAGAUGAAGGUCCAAAAGUGAGUGUGGCCACUAACAGGCUGAUAGGGGCUCUAGCAGGGACCAUUCUGGCCCUGGGGGUUCUGUUUGGAGGCACUGGGUGGGGACUCGAGUCCUAGUGCCACCAAUCUGAUCAUAGGCUCCAUCGCUGGGGCCAUCCUGGUGGCAGCCAUAGUGCUGGGGGGGACAGGCUGGGGGUUUAAGUAAGGACCGGCUGCAUGUACCUCCUUUCCAGACUGUAGCAUCCCUAUGGCUUACGCACUCCAGGAGUUGGGCUUCUGCUACAGAUAAAACCGUUUGAACUUAUAGACAUAGUGCAGUCAUGCAGAAACAGAGACACUGCUGUGUAAGGAAGGACAGAUGUUUUAUGAGAUUGUUGGUCAUCAUUAAGUAAUGGUAAGUGAUCAUGAACUGUGGCAGAACCUCAAAUGAACUGGAAAGGUAUAGCUAAAAGCUUGACAUGCAUGGUAAAUACAAAACUGUUUUGAUUCAUUACAUGCAAAACCUCUAAAUGGGUUAAAAUUAAUUGAUGCAAACAUAUGGCUUGAAAUCAGCUAGGGGAAUCCAGUUCCAGUCCUGAGAACCUUAAAAGCCAUUCACAGUGGUUUGAUGUGAAAUGCUUUAUUCUCGAGAAAUGAUCAAGUCAGAAUAAUUCACAGUGGUGGUGAUGAAAACCAGAUGUCUUAUGUGUAGUCCUCAAAAAAUUCCUCUAAAAGUUAUUAUACAAAAUUACUAAUACACAUCCUCAUGCCAGAGACAUUGGUUUACUAUAAUGCUUUUGGCAUAAAACAAAUAUAUUUUUCAUUACAUUCUGGACAAACAGGUAUAUGCAAGGUGUUCUAAGGCAAAAAAAGUACCCAAAGAACACAUCAAACUACUCUGAGUGACUGGGCAACAAAUUUUGGAUUUGGAUUUUGGACAAAGUUUGGAUUUUCCCUUUAACUGUUUAACAAGCCCUUAAUACACUGGGUCAGGUGUUGAAGAGUAAGGAAAAUGUGCUGAACAUCUCCAGGUCUAGAACUGAGAACCACUGGCUAAUAUCAAUAUUCAGUGGCAUCUGAAGUUUUAGUACUCAUAUGAUAGCACUUCACUGUAUUAUGUGGUUAUAAUUUAGCUGACUUUCCCUAUGCACUGAUCCACUGAUCACCUCCAAUAUUGACUAUUAGGCUCACUGAGUACAUGCAAUGCAUACGCCAAGCAAAACCUUGUAAUUAGCGGGUAAUUUAGUUUUAGUAUGUUUGCAUACACCAUCAUUGAGAGUGAAGAGAGUGAGAUCACUUCACAGAGGCUGGUCUGUGCUGGAGGGAGCCUUUCAGGGCUUCUGUGCUGUCAUUACUGCCAUGAUUUUUUCUCUUGCUCCAGUAUGGAUCAUGGCUGAAAGGGCAAAAGGGGUGGCAGGGGUGGCAGCCAGGGGCCUUUGUAUCAUGGCUGUUCAUUUACACUGCCAGCUUCAGUUCCCACAGGGAGAUUUCCACAGGAUCUGCGCCUACUGCACAGAUCUGGUACAUGGCUGAGGCCCAGGACAACUCUCACGUCACUUCUGCUCACUCUCUGCCUGUCCGCAUGAAAGGGCAAAUGAAACCCAUCAUCAAGUCUUCAUCACUGGGUUGGAAGUCAUCAUAUUGCUCCUGACAUACAUCGUUUUUCUCUGUCCAAAAUUUCUUUGGUCAACAUUACACUAAAUACACUGUUCUUUCUUGUGAAGAUCUUGAUAGACAUGGCCAUAUAGCAACUGGAGGAUCACUGCACUGCAUAGUUUAGUGUUUUUUCAACACUGCAUGAUUUAGCUUAUCAAAGCUCAAUUAAGAAAACAUUAGGCUAUGUGGUGCUGUGGGCUUCCACUAUGUUUUUGCAAUAUAACCAGAAGAUAUACAGUACUGUGCGACCACCAUUUGUUUGUUUAAUUUCUAGUCAAAACAGACAUUAAAGCAGCGCUAUGUAAGUUUCAAGGAUUUGGAGACCUGUCUGGUGAUGUGUAAUUGCAGACAAUGUGCAGAAUAACAUUUUGUAAUGUUGGUUCUGUUUUGGACCCACAUAUGUGUAUGCAUCUGACAUGUGCAAGCUUAUUGAAAGAGUAUGGAAAGAACUCAGUUAAAACUUGGUGAAGUACAUGUCUUCGAGGGCUGUAAGUGAAUUAUCAAGUAAUAUUAUCAAAUUUCAUUAAUAAAAUGUUGAAUUGGCAUUUGAGACCUAAACAUUGGGCCAACUACAGUCCAUUUGCAUAAUGAAGGAGGAAGCCAAAAAAUGAUAAGGAAAAAGUUUACAAACCUGCAGUUUAAAAAAUGAUUAAAAGAUAUAGAGAAAAGGACUUUUAACAAUCAUUAUAACAAGAACAUCAGUCUCCAUCAGAUAAACAAUACUUUAAGCUUUCAUCUUUGAGAGAAAGGAGAAAAUCAAGCUGCAAUCUUGCUUCAGAUCUGAAAAAUAUCAUAUUUAGUUUUUGAGUCUUUGGCGUGAGUUUUUUGUUAUGUAUGUUCUCUGCUUUCUUUCCUAUUGUUGGAAAACUAGUAACUUAUACUUAUCAACCAUUUUAACUGGAAAUGAAAUAAAUGAUGGGCAGUCUCUUUAUUGCACAGCACUGUAUGGUUUCACAUAUUGUUUUAUUCUAUUACAGUUAUUACUAAAAAUGCUACCUUUAUAACUUUAACAUGCUUACUACUGAUUAUUUUUUAAUUAAAGGAAUGAUUAAUAUUCAGAACUGAAACAACAGAGGUUAUUUUUAAAAGCAUGGUUUAUAUCUGAUUGAUGAAGAUCAAGAAGUGAACAGUGGUUGUCAUGCUGCAUGCCCUUUGAUUUUUUAAAAUAUGGAAAUGUUUUAUCAAACCUGAUUGUUUCUUCUCUUUUUCUCUGCCAUCUAAACUGCAAGAAAUGUCAAAAAGCGACGGUACGACCCGAAUGCCAGUGCCAUCUAGUGGAGAGAGAAGAACACGACCCUCUGUUGCUUCUUUAGUCUACAGCUGGACUGCAAUUAUUGCUGCUCUUUUCUGGCAUUAGUUACUUGAAAAUAUUAUUAUAUAUAGUAGAGGAGAACUUAACAGAACACAUCUUUGUUGUGCAGCUUCUCAGCUCCAUCCUAUUUUUAACCCCCGACUCACUGAAAUGUCUUUAUAGUCUGGCCACUUCUAUCAUACCAACCAAACAAACCAUCCACAAUGGCAUGACCCCACAGGCUACCAGAUAAUCUUGGCACCCUGGCCAAUGGGGUGCCUGUCUACCACUGCAUUCAGAAAGUUAAGAGAACAGAACAUUCAUGCAUGUAACCAAAGGAGAAUGGAAAACAUGCCCUUUCACACUGAUAGGAGACCAUGUUGCUGCUUCUCUAGGAAUUUGAGAAGUGGAAAUUGGUCCUAGAUUAUUGUGAAAGCAUGACAAUUGCUCACAGAACUGCACCUACUCUAGGCCUCAUUAUACAUCUACAAACACUCCUACUCCCACAAUCCCUUUUGUGGUUAGUUUGAGUUGAGCCCAGCUACAUAUAGGCCUUAAUGAGUUACACAUAUCACUUAGUGACAAGGAAUAAGCUGGACUCUGGUGCAGAAUGAGUAAAGGUGCUGAUCUAUAACAACAUAUCAUUUUACACUGAAUAAAUGUUUCAGCUUUAGUUUUGAUUUUAAUAAAGCCUGUAUAAUGUGCAGUGUAUGAAACAUACAUUCAAAAUUAUCAUCAUGUUUUGCCCAAUCAUUGACCCUUAACACAACAUUAUAAAUGUAAGUGUAAUGUAAUCAUUUCACAUGACUUGUGCUGUGUAUAAGUAUGUACAUUGGGGGCCGUCAACUGAUCCAUUACCUGUGCUAAGGGAAGCAAAGGAAAUCAUAGGCUAACUUACUAUACAGGAUGCUAUUUUCCAUUGAGUUUGAUUCGAGUAGUGACUCAAAGCCAAAGAAUAUAAAAGGAAUGUGUGUGGGGUUUGGAUAUGGUACAUGAAGCACUUUGCCCCUUAUUUCUGUGGUCCAUAGGGCUGUAAAUGGAGGAGGUUUCCCCUGUAAAGUUAAACAGAUACCAGAAAAUGUUAUUUGAGACACAUCCCUGGCAGUUUCACAUUGUGCCACCAAUGUACCAUGCUAGGGGGAAUGUAUAAUCAUACAAAUACACACGUUUGAUUCAGACCUCUGUCACAGCACUUCAUUUAGCUCUCUCAGCUCAGCCCAUAGGGCUGAUCGCUUUGCUGCAUGCAUUCACUAUAGUGGACUUAUUAAUAUUUAAGGGAGACCACAAAACUCAUAAAGAACUAUACUACAGAGGGAUACUGUACUAAGAGUGCAUGUCAGCUACAGAACUAACUUUUAUUUACUAUGCAAAGAAAAUAUUGCACAAACCCAAAGGGUUGUUUGGUGUGAUAAUGAACACAGUAUCAUUAUAUACAGACCGAGGUUGCCAGUAAGGCACUUUUCCUUUUCUAAGAAUUAGCCAAAAUAUUAUAGGUAUCACUGCGCUUCAUACUAAAGAAAAUGCUUGACAGAGCUCAUAAGAGUGCUGAAUGAAUGUAUUUUACUUCUAUGGGAAUGAAUGUAUUGGGUUUUGAAUAAGUCCUGUAAUUACUUAUCUAUGUGCUGUUUCAGGUGAGGCUUUAAAAUCUCACUUUUUAAUUUUUUUUCAUUAAUGAACCACUAUUCCUGGGUGAGCUGUCCCCAUCACCAUGUUCAUUCACAGUACAUGUACAGAAAAAGUUAAUUCAAAAUAAAAGAAUGAUCAAUAAACUCUAAAUAUUUUGAAUUU